GACAAAUUAACCAUUGUCUGAACAAAAGGGAACAUUAGAAGGAAUAUUAAUAGGUACAUGCGUUGAAGUCUAUCAGGGUAUCGAUACGCCACACCCACAACACGUGCCUGCAAACUUUAUGUUCGCAUGAAUAUUCGUUCUCUCAUUGUUCUUUACUUCAUCUCACCCGCAUCACAUCCGAACGACUCAAACACUCCCCUCUCCCCUCUCUGUGAACUCGACAAAAAGAAGCAACAAAGCAAAGAGUGAACCCUAUUUGGCAACAUUAGUAGGGUUCAAGAUUGCUGAGCCUAAAAUAUUCGAGUACUUAAAGUACGCAUCAUCCGCCAUCCAAAACACCAAAACACUAACCAUCAAGAACCCCAGCAAAAUCUCACACCUCACAUCAACCACUCUCUCACAAGAACAAAAACACCAUCACCACCCAUCGCCACCAUGUCGUCCAAAGUCAUCCGCAACGUCGCCGACAUCCCCACCAUCUCCCGCCUCUACGCAACCGGCCGCCUCUCACCACCACCAGCAACCUACGCUCUCCGCCCGCCCUCCGCCUCCCUCAACACCCGCAUCUCCCUCCUCCGCGCAGACAUCACCUCCCUCCCCCUCGACGCCAUCGUCAACGCCGCGAAAAACUCCCUCCACGGCGGCGGCGGCGUCGACGGCGCCAUCCACUCCGCCGCCGGCCGCGGCCUCGUAUCAGAGUGCAUCGCCCGCUACCCCAACGGCUGCAAGACGGGUAACGCCGUCAUCACCGGGGGGCAUAACUUGCCCGCCAAGCACGUCAUCCACACCGUCGGUCCCAUCUACCAGAACGAGGCCACCAGCGAGCCCCUGCUCUCCAGCUGCUACGAGAGGUGCCUCCAUGUCGCUGUCGAGAACGGCUGUGCUACCGUUGCCUUCAGCGGCAUCAGCACUGGUGUUUACGGCUACCCCAGCGAGGCGGCGGCUCAUGUGGCCUGCAGAGCUGUCAGGGACUUUCUCGAGGGGGGGAACGACGAGGGCAAAAUUGAGCGUGUCGUCUUUGUUACCUUUCUGGCUAAGGAUGUGAACGCGUACGAUGCCGUGUUACCCCUUUACUUCCCUCCUGAUGAAAGUGAGAUGCCUCAGUCAAGUACCGACUAAGGAUUCUUGAAAGGGAAGAAACGAAGAAUUUGGAUGCUUUUAUUGGCUGGCGUUUACGGUUAAGGGAGACAAGCAACAUGUGCUUUGGUUGCACACACACAAGGAAUAGGUAGUUUCACAUCGCGGACUCUUGCAUAGACAAGCUCAACAAGGUGGUGGGCGAUGCAUGCAAUCACCCAACACGCACACCAAGUUGGAGAACUUCUGCAGAUGUCAAAAUAAAUGAAAUAAAUUAUGUAACCCUC